GCAAUCCCUCUGAUUUUGUUUGCUAGUUUCUCUCUCUAAAGUUGACCCUCUUUAAAAGAUUCCGAUCUUCUUCUCUGAUAAAAUUAGAGCUUCUCGGCUCACAAUCUAACCUCUUAAUCAAUCAGCUUUCGAAAGAAUAGAGUGGAAGAGAGACAGAGAGAGAGAAUGCAGGAAGUAGUGGAGCAACAUCAUCAACAGCUUACGACAUGGGAUGGGUAUGUGGACUGGAGAAACAGGCCUUCCGUGAGAGGUCGACAUGGCGGUAUGAUGGCCGCUUCCUUCGUCUUAGUUGUGGAGAUCUUAGAGAACUUGGCGUAUUUAGCUAAUGCAAGCAAUUUGGUGUUGUAUCUAACACAAUACAUGCAUUUAUCGCCUUCAAAAUCAGCCAAUUCGGUCACAAAUUUCAUGGGGACUGCUUUUUUGCUCGCCCUUCUCGGCGGCUUCCUCUCUGAUGCCUUCUUCACAUCCUAUCAAAUCUUCCUCUCAAGUGCCCUAGUUCAGUUUCUGGGUCUAAUAGUAUUGACAAUCCAAGCUCGGUCACCUUCACUAAAGCCUCCUGCAUGCAACAAUAAAGAUGAUGCGGCGGUGGAUUUUCCCUGCGAGGAAGUGGCUGGAGUAAAGGCGGCUAUGCUAUUUGUGGGUUUAUAUAUAGUGGCACUCGGAGUUGGCGGCAUCAAAGGCUCCUUGCCGGCUCACGGGGCUGAGCAAUUCGAUGAAGAAACCGCAAUUGGUAGAAAGCAGAGAUCGAGUUUUUUUAACUACUAUGUCUUCUGUCUGGCUUGCGGAGCACUAGUUGCGGUCACGUUAGUUGUUUGGAUUGAGGACAACAAAGGCUGGCAAUGGGGAUUUGGUGUUUCCACUUUGGCUAUUCUAUUGUCUAUCCCUGUUUUUCUUUCUGGUUCUAGUUUUUAUAGGAACAAGAUUCCAACUGGAAGCCCAUUGACCACCAUCUCUAAAGUCUGUUUAGCGGCUGUUUUCAAUAAUUGCAUUGGGAAAAACCCGAGAAACGCAAUUGCAAACCUGGAAUCAGAAAAUCCAUCAGGGACUCUCAAGUUCCUAAACAGGGCAUCUCAGAACAAACCAGUUCAUCCAAGAUUUGAAUGCUCAAUUCAGGAGGUUGAAGAAGUUAAGGUUGUCCUGGGAAUUCUUCCAAUUUUCGCAUGCACAAUCAUGCUCAAUUGUUGCCUGGCCCAAUUGUCGACUUUCUCGGUUCAGCAGGCAGCCACCAUGGAUACCAAACUAGGCUCCCUUAGAGUUCCACCGGCUUCUCUCCCUGUUUUUCCCGUAGUUUUCAUCAUGACCUUGGCCCCUGCCUACGAUCAUUUCAUAAUCCCAUUUGCGAGACGAGUCACCAACUCUGAAAUGGGCGUAACCCAUCUCCAGCGAAUCGGAGUAGGCCUCUUCCUCUCUGUUAUCGCCAUGGCCGUGGCCGCAGUUGUGGAAAUCAAGAGGAGAACCGUCGCUUCCGACCGGAAUCUGAUGGACUCCACAAAACCCUUGCCCAUCACAUUCUUGUGGGUGGGAUUUCAGUACCUGUUUUUAGGGUCAGCAGAUCUUUUCACGCUAGCUGGAUUAUUGGAAUUUUUCUUCACGGAGGCGCCUAUGAAAAUGAGGUCUUUAGCCACUUCACUUUCAUGGGCAUCCUUGGCCGUGGGGUACUACUUGAGUAGCGUCAUUGUAUCAAUUGUGAAUGAAGUCACUGGCGGAUCUGGUCAUAGGCGCUGGCUCUCUGGCGCAAACAUUAAUCAUUUCAGGCUAGACAGGUUCUACUGGCUAAUGUGCUCAUUGAGUGGAUUGAAUUUCUUGCAUUACCUUUUCUGGGCAUCAAAGUACAAGUACAGAUCCAAUGGGGCCAACAAGUGAAAUACAAAGAAACCAUAUUCUCUCAUACAUAAUAUAUUCUUAAUUUAUGUUGUAUAUAUAUGAAGAAAAGCUCAAAAUUCUAUUAUUAAACAUGUCAUAAGCACUAAAAAUGACAUUCAACUUGAAAUGGGUUAAAAUAAAAGCUCAUUUGAUUUUUAUUUACAACACA